GGACUAUUUUUGUGGAUUGUCUCGGGUUUUAGUAUCCUUCUUUGAUAGAGAGACAACGUAAGGAAGCCACCGUCUCCCUCGCCGUCACCGGUCGACUCCAAAUCCCUAACUCCUCAUUCUUUCUUCACCGCCUUAUCGGAUUCCUCGUCUAUGGCUCUCAAUCUCCGCCAAAAGCAGACUGAAAGCAUUAUCCGUAUGUUGAAUCUGAACCAGCCGGUUACUCCAACGGGUACAGCCAACGAAGAGGUUUACAAGAUAUUGAUCUACGACAGCUUCUGUCGAAACCUCCUUUCUCCUUUAAUUCAUGUCAAGGACUUGCGCAAACAUGGCGUUACUCUUUAUUUCCUUGUCGACAAGGACCGUAAGCCUGUCCAUGAUGUGCCUGCUGUUUACUUUCUUCAACCUACUAAGCAUAAUAUCGAUCGGAUCGUUGCCGAUGCCUCCCGUUCUUUGUAUGAUAGCUUCUUCCUCAACUUCUCAUCCUCUGUCCCUCGCCCGCUGCUCGAGGAUCUCGCAUCUGAAGCGUUGAAAUCGGAUUCAAUUCAACGGAUUGCUAAGGUGCACGAUCAGUAUUUGGAAUUUGUUACUCUAGAAGACAAUUUGUUUUCGUUGGCUCAGAAAUCUAGCUAUGUGCAACUGAAUGAUCCUUCAGCGGGGGAUCGUGAGAUUGAAGAGAUUGUGGAGAAGAUUGUUGGUGGGUUGUUCUGUGUUUUGGCUACACUUGCUGUGGUGCCGAUUAUUAGGUGCCCACGAGGGGGUCCUGCUGAGAUGGUUGCCAUGGCGUUGGAUCAAAGGUUGAGGGAUCACCUGUUAUCCAAAAACAACUUGUUCUCUGAAGGUGGGGGGUUUAUGAGCUCCUUUCAGCGCCCGAUUCUGUGUAUAUUUGAUCGUAAUUUUGAGUUAUCUGUUGGAAUACAGCAUGAUUUUAGAUAUAGACCUUUGGUGCAUGAUGUUCUUGGGCUUAAACUGAAUGGGUUGAGUGUUAAGAGUGAAAAGGGUGGAAUGAAUUAUGAGUUGAAUAGUUCUGAUCCAUUUUGGUUAGCAAAUGGAUCCUUGGAGUUCCCUGAAGUUGCAGUUGAGAUUGAGACACAGUUAAACAAAUACAAGAAGGAUGUUGAUGAGGUUAAUAGGAAAACUGGUGGAGCUGCUGGGGCUGAGUUUGAUGGAGCAGAUAUGAUAGGUAACACUAAGCAUUUGAUGAAAGCUGUGAACUCAUUGCCUGAGCUGACUGAGAGGAAGCAAGUCAUUGAUAAGCACACAAAUAUUGCUACUGUGUUGCUUGGUGAGAUUAAGGAAAGGUCCCUUGAUUCAUAUGCGAAAAAGGAGAGUGAAAUAAUAUCGAGAGGUGGCAUUGAUCGGAGUGAGCUUCUCAGUGUGCUUAGAGGUAAAGGCACGAAGAUGGACAAGCUUCGGUUUGCUAUCAUGUAUCUGAUCUCUUCUGAGAACAUUAAUCAGUCUGAGGUUGAAGCAGUCGAAGAGGUCCUAAGGGAGUUGGAAAUUGACACCAGUGCAUUUCAAUAUGUAAAGAAGAUAAAGUCAUUGAACGUGUCGUUCGCAUCUGCAAAUUCUGCUACCAGAGGCAACAUUGUCAAUUGGGCUGAAAAGCUAUAUGGACAAUCAAUUAGUGCAGUGACUGCUGGUGUAAAGAAUCUAUUAUCUACUGAUAGGCAACUUGCAUUAACAAGGACUGUGGAAGCUUUAAUGGAGGGAAAACCAAAUCCUGAGAUUGAUUCUUAUCUCGUGCUUGAUCCACGCGCUCAAAGGUCAAGCGCUGGAACGAGCAGCAGCCAUUUAAGAGGACCGUUCAAGGAAGCGAUCGUAUUUAUGAUCGGCGGGGGUAAUUACGUAGAGUAUGCGAGUUUGCAGGAACUUUCCCUUCGUCAGCAGGCUCCCAAGCAUGUUGUAUAUGGUACAACAGAAAUUCUAACUGGAGAGGAGUUUGUAGAGCAGCUUAUGCAGUUGGGGCAGAAAAUGGGUUUGGGAAGUGCUGCUGUAUCUUCCAAGUAAAUUAGUGCAUAUUCUUAGUGUAAAGCAUCUUGGAGUUAUUUUUUGGUUGAUGAAAUAUUAAGUGGUAAAAUUUUUAAUGUCACAUAGAACACUAUAGUCACUGAUGAUGUAUACUUAUCAUAGAGCGGGCUACAUGAAUCCAAGUUGAUCGCUUUGAAUCUCU